AUGGACUACAGUGAAGACAGUGAAAUCCCAGGAAGCAGUUGUCAAAAUAAUCAAAAUGAAGAGAGUGGCAGGGGUUGCAGAAACAGAAAAAAACAAAACGAGCAGACUUCCUGUCCUGUAUGCAGUGUAACCUUAAGACAAAACGAAGUUGAUAUGCAUCUUCAUUCAGAGAUUGAAAAGCUCAACAAACUGCCAGCAUCAAAACACAAACUCAAUGGCAAAUGCAAUCCAUCUAGCUCGAGCUGUUCAGACUCUAAUCCAGACAAGAAUUGGGAGACUUUUCAGAAGGUACGAUCUAACAGGCAGACACGGCAAAGAACCAAAACGAGAAAAAGAAGACCUGAAGAUGCUUGUCCAAUUUGUAAUAAAGAAGUUACUGAAGAUCUCUCUACUCAUGUAGAGAAAUGUUUGAGAAGGUCUGAAGCAAAUGGUAGCUCAAGUGAUGAGAACAUUGAUGUAGAAGCAUUUGAAGUAGAAGAGUAUGAAUGGGCUGGACAGUCCAGAGUAAGAGCUACUAGCCUUUUGCAAGGAGGUGUCUCAAACUUGGGAACGACGAUCACCAUGGCAGACGAAGAUGAAGACUUGAAUGUUGAUGGGGAUGAUACACAAAUGUACGGGUCUCCUCAAUACUCAGAAAAUGAUGUGAUACUACCUUGUGAAGACCCAGCUCCAGAGGAUGUGGCUCUUCGCAAGGCUGUGAUUGGUAGUGAUCCUAAGAGAUUGUGUACUGAAAAAGAUAAAAAUUCUGAAGCUAACGCUUCAGAAGAUCCAGUUGUGGAAGUUCUAAAAAAUAGAAUUAGGGAGUUAGAAAGUAAGGAACAAAAUAGAGAAAUUUAUAAAUGUUUAAUUUGUAUGGAAAGGUACCACACACCUGUCAUCUCAGUUUGUUGCUGGCACGUACAUUGUGAAGAAUGUUGGUUACAAACACUAGGUGCUAAGAAAUUGUGUCCCCAGUGUAAUAUGAUUACUUCACCUGCUGACUUGAGACGAAUCUAUAUGUGA